CAAGCGAUCGAAACCCCAAGGACAAUCGCAGAUCGAAGAUCGAGUGCGUGGCUCCGUACUCCGCUCAUGGGGAAGGCCUACCGCAAGAAGUUGGGCGUGAACAAGGCGGCCACCGCCGCCGGAGCCGGCGGCGGCAACGCUAAGCGCUCGGGAGGCGCAGCCGGCGCGGGCGGUGCCGGACCGGCAGGAGGCGCCAAAGGAGCAGGUGGUGCGGGAUGGGGAGGCGCGUCGACGUUCUCUGCCACCUACCAUAGCACCUUCCAGACGGCAGUAAAUGUGACGAACGAGUACUACAACCAGUGGGGGAACGACUGCUCGUCCGACGACGACGGCCCGCCAUCCACUCCCGCCGACGAUAGCACAUUUGAGACGGCCGUGAAUGACACGAAUGAGUACUACCAAGAGGAGGAGGAGAACAACUGUUCUUCCCCAUUCGCUCCAGCCGACCAUAGCACCUUCGAAACGGCCGUCGAGAUCAUGAAUGAGCACUACGAUGAGGAGGAGAAACUAGGUUUGUCCAUGGACAACGAGGAAGAGGGCGUGCAGGAUGCUGAACUUGUGUCUGAUGCAGACGGCGGUGGUGAUGACCACGCCGGGAGUGGUGAUGACCACUUCGGUGACGAUGACUACUACGACGACGACAUUGCCGGGGGUUUCGAGGAUUUCUACGAUCCCGGUGAUGCUGGGGAUGGAGCUGAUGACUGGUGGUAGUGAUCGAGGACGGAGGAAUUUGAGGCAUCUAUAAAGUCUUGGUGUCAAGAUGAAGUCUCGCUAUGGGGUUUGCUAGUUCUUAUGUUAUAAUGUUAGAUUUGCUUGUCCACUUGGCAUCUAGCUUAGCUUUUGCGUGUGUAUGGGUUCCCCACAAUGAGAUUUGGAGACGUAUUGCCACUCUUUUGUAUGAUAACCUAGGUAAAUCAGUCUUCAGUAUGGAGGAUCGUAACAAUAUCCUGAACCCUUGUGGCAGCA